AUGUCUGUGUCGCCGAUGCUCAACGGAUUGCAUCCUAGUUUCCAGAGUCCAUCGUCAACAGGAAGUUUUCCUAGCCCCAAUCACCAUCAGUUGAGCCCGUCCUCGGCCGUAACGGCAUUAUAUUACUCUUCCCCUAAUCUGGAUAUCGACCGAGACACUCCUUCUCCGCGACCGUCACCCGAAGACCGAGGAUCCAAACCAUCAUCACAAAGCGGCCGUGACUACCCCGUCUGUUGCCUAUAUCCGGGGUGUAACGCCAAACCCUUCAAACGCAGAGCAGACCUAGACCGCCACUACAAGCACCGACACGCCUCAGAGUCACAAAAGGUCUCGUUCAACUGCGACUACCCACGGUGCUCUCGCCGUCGCGAUCCGUUCCAUCGAUUAGACCACUUCCGCGAUCAUCUUCGUGAAUUCCACAAGGAAGACAUUGAGAAGCGCGGCGGCUCCAUCAACGAGGAGUGGCUGGAAGACCGACGAGUCUCAUCAACCUGGUGGCGAUGCUCAAAGUGCCUCAAGAGAAUCUAUAUUGACCAAGACGGCUACGAGUGCCCCCACUGCAAGACUACGUGUCAACCGAAGCGUAAGGAGGCUCGUCGCAGAAGCUAA